CAACAAGAACAGCUGGACGAGGAGAUAUAAGGAUGGCGCAAUGACAGUUCUUUGAAUUUGCGUCGUAGAUAGUGCAAAAUCCAAAUAUCUCUGCUUAAUUGUUAGUUUUAGUCGAAUUUACUGUGAUAGAAAUAUGGUUAGAUACUAAAAAGAAGUUGAAAACUGAAGAAUGUCAGCUGAGUCAUCUAAAAGAGCUCCUCGGAAAGGAAGUGCUGGGCAGGUCGUUUUACCACAACCUGUCAUAGACCCCUCUCUUAUCGACAGUGUCACUGGUUUCAUACAAGAUGUUGUUCCUCAGGCAUACAGUGGCAACAGUGGAGACAGUAGAGAAGCCAUCACCUGGGUUAGGGUGCAGCAGGCAGACAUCAAUGACCCGGCACUGUACCCGGACACUGGGGAGCAGGAUGGCGUUGCCCCACUGUUGCUGGUGCUGGGCUAUGGAAGUGGAGUACAGGUGUGGGUAGUGCCCGCGUCGGGGGAGGCCCGUGAGGUGUUGUCAUGGUCGCAAGGCAGUGUACGCACAUUGUGUGUGUUGCCGUCACCAGAACCGAGACUGCCACUACGACAGGACUUGUACAGACACAAGAGACCUCUGGUGGCGAUGGUGGACAACGCUGGGCCCGGGCCGCAGUUCUGCUCUGUCAGCUUCAUAUCACUGAGGGACGGUGACCAGGUGAAGAGCAUCAAGUUCUCUCAUCAAGUGUGGGAUGUGAUGGCCAAUCGCAGGUCUGUCGUGGUCACCUUGGCCGAGAGGAUCGCAGUGUUUGACGCUGCCACUCUAGAAGACAAUGUUGUGGUCACCACCUGCUUCCCUAACCCCGACGUCAACCCAGUAGCUCUCGGCACAAGAUGGUUGGCGUACGCAGACCGUAGACUUGUGUCGCAGUGGCGUUCCCUAGGUGGUUGUCACAGCGAGGGGCCGCAGAGUGUGACGGCCACAGUGUUCCACGCAGCCAAGUGUCUGGGCAAGGGUCUGCGCGAUCUGAGUGAGACUGUGGCGUCUUCGCUGACCGGAGGCAGUCCUGAGAACACACACUUCCACCCACACGCACCCCAUGCAGAGCCCACACACAAGGGGGUGGUCACCAUACUGGAUAUCGAGACCAAAGGUCCCAGGGACGCAAGUGAGGAAGACCAUCAGGGCGCGAACCGCAUCCUCGCUCACUUCAACGCUCACCAUGAGCCAAUCGUUGCACUCAGCUUCGACCCCAGCGGCAUGCUGCUUGUGACUGCAGACAAACGAGGACAUCGCUUCAACGUUUUCCGUAUAAACACUCACCCGUGUACCUCCACGCUAGCGUACGUCCAACAUCUCUACAUAUUGCACAGAGGCGACACCACUGCUCGUAUCCAGGACAUAGCGUUCUCCGCAGACUCCCGCUGGGUGGCCAUCAGCUCUAUGAGAGGUACCACACACGUGUUCCCCAUCACUCCGUACGGGGGAACUGUGGGGGUGAGGACUCACACCACCCCUCACGUUGUCAACAAACUCUCCAGAUUUCACCGCAGUGCAGGUCUGACCGACGACGGUCGCAACAGCCCAGUGUUGUGGGAGACUCCCCCUGGUGGAGGAGGACAACCUACCCCCCCUACUCCCACCACAGUCACCCCUCUAACUCAGGUGCGGAGACAAAGUGCUCUAGCCCCGCCUACUGAAGACAGCAUUGUCAAGGUGGCGGUAGUGUUUGGGGCACCGAGGGCCCCGUCUCUGCCACCCCACAGCGGGGGCUCACGUACCAGACGGUCCAUGGACUCUCUUUACAUCAUGGCUUGUAAUGGAGCUUUGGUGCAGUACGAUCUGGACCCGAGACAUCUCUCAGGUAUCAGCAAGGAGAAGGUGUGUGAUGACACAGGAAUUGAGCUGCUUGUGGAGGCUAGAGCUCAGUGGGUGUUACAGAGACCCCCCUACAGCAGCGCCCUGCAUCCUCCCUUACCUUGCACCAACCCGCUGCUGCACCCGACACCACCCGACCCUCCCACACCCACGGACACGGGCUCUGACGACGAGCGCUGGUUGUCUCAGGUGGAGAUAGUUACCCACGCCGGACCACACAGAAGACUGUGGAUGGGACCUCAGUUUACCUUCAUCACCGUCAGCUCAAACAAUGACACCGGAGAUGCACUGGAUAUCAACAAACAAGUGGUUCGAUCCAAUCCAGUCAAUAUGCCUCUCAAACAGCCUCUCAUCAUAGAGUCUGGAUCCUGCAGUAGCCUCGAACUAUCCCCCAACAUGGUGGAACUUGUUUACAAGACUGACUGCAGUUGGAGCUGCAGACUGCGCGAGGACCUGGCCGAGGCUAUGCUGGAAGCACCUGCCACCCGCAAUACUGGUAUAAAAGGGGUGGUGAGGCGCGAGCCCGUUAUUGAACGCCAAGUGAACCCUCUGGGCUCCGUUGUCACCCUAACAGCGCAACUCAACUUUCCCUCCGACCUACUCACCGAUGACGGGAAAGUAACUGUAGUAGGCACUGAAACUAAGAAAAUUACAUUGGAAUCUAAGUUGAAUAAAACAGUAAACCAACCUUGGUUGAGCGAUUACAUGCUCAGCGACCCAUCUCUAGAUCCUUGUUUGUAUUCACACGCUAAAGUAAGUGAACUAGGUGCUUCUAGUUUAGACGUAGUCAAGAGUAGUUGUAAAGAAAAACAGAAACCAACUGAACCGCUGGAUGGAAGAAGUUCCAAAAAAGUACUUGCUGAAGUUGAUGAAAACAUCUCUAAAACCCAAAGGAAGUCUGAAGACAAAGAACCUGUUUUGGAGACUUGUGAGAAGAGAGGAAAAAAUGGAAAAUCACGGAGGAAGAUAAGUAAAGGUGAAAAAAACAAACCUAAAGUAGAUGUAGAAUCUAAAAUAGCUGAAGAUACUUUUAUUGUUCCUAAUAUUGUGAGAGCAAUGGAUGUAACUGAAGCUAAAGUAGUAGAUGAUUUACCUGUCUGUGAUGCGAUGCUGCAAAGUUCUGAAGACAUAGAAAUGCAGUUGAGGGAGGCUUCGGCUGAAAAAGAUUUAGAGGAAACGAUACUAGAGUUUGAAGAUUUUAAAGGACGCAAGAGAAGUCUUGAUCUUACUGCAGAAGCAAAGGUGAUUGAUUGUGAAUCCGAGAUUUUGUUUGAACAAGUGAUUCCAACCGCUAAGGAAGAAAUCAAAGAAAAUGACAAAACAAGCUCUAGGCUCAGAAAAAAAUCAAAAAUGAACUAUCAAGAUGUGUUGCCUACAGAUAAAUCAGGGGAAAUUGUGGUUGAAGAUAAAUCAGACAAAAUUGAAGAAAAACCAAAAGGAAAAAAGAAAAGAUCCAAAAAAAACAAUCUUUCAACUGAACCAGUCUGUGAUGAAUUACAGUCACAUGUUGAAAACAUUAGUAAAGCAAAGAAAAAUGAUGAAUCUGAUGUUGAAACACUUCCCAUAGAGACAUCAUCUGAAACUUUGUGUUUAGAACUAUCUAAUGACACUAAAGAUUGUGAAUCAUCUGAGUUGAUAUUCAGUGCUAAAGCUAAAAGUGAUGAAGAGAUGAGCGUUAUCGUAAGUGAUGUUGAAAUUGAAAAAUCAAACAUAGAAGAGUUAUCUCCUGAUUUCUGUAACAAUAUAUUAGACAGUAACAUUGUUGAAGAAAAGAAUAGCACAACUGAUGAUGAGUUGAAAGGAUUUGAAUCUGAUCUAUUGGUCAAAGAUAGUACUUGGUCUCCAGAGCUAAGUCCUGAAAAAGAUAUAGAUAUUGUCAUGGAUGAUAAAGACUCCGACAGAGAAAUCGAUAAGAUUAAAAAUGAUGAAACCACAGAUAAAGAUUCUAGUGAUGAUUGUCAACCGGUUGUUGUUAAGUCAGACCUAAAACACGCCCACAAAAAAGGGAAAAACAGAAAAUUUACUCGGAAAAAUCGUGAAGUUGAACAAAAACUCCAUGAUAACGAAACAAAACUCGAAGAAAUUACUGUUAAAGAAGAGUUAGUAAAGUCGGAUAUUAAAAUUGACGAUAAAGAAAUAAAUGAACCUCUCAUCAAAGAGAAUUUGGAACAAUCAUUGAAGAAAAUUGAUUCAGAAGAAGAGGAUGUGUUUAUUGAAAUAAAAAGCGAUUCCAAGCCUGGCAAAUCCAUGGACGAUAGUUUUCCAGAUUUAAAACUAUCUUCAGACGGAAUUAAAAGAAGAGUCAGAAAAAGAGAAUCACUGGAGAAGGAGGAAGUGAAAAACUCAGAAGCAGCAGAUAUACAGGACAUCCCUAAGCGCUCUUGGAGUUCAAUCGUGUCCCCUAACAACGAAGAUGCCAACGGAAACAUACCUAAGGUGGAAGAGCUGGCCCCUGUCCGCUCAUGGAGUAGUAUUGCAGCCAGCCCAGCCAAAUCCAAGACACAAGAAACAGACGUGAUCAAAACCAACAGUGUGGAAGACCGAGACUCGGUGUACGAAUCAUGCAAUGACAGCGUAGGAGAAGAGGUCGAGCCUGCUCACGACUCUCUUGGCUCCUGCUACUUUGAGUCUGAGUCUAAAGAUGAAACUGAAGAGAGUCUGACAGUAUCUCAGUUCAAACCAGAAGAAACGUUGUCUGAAUCCAAACACGGCAGCUCCGUCGAAGACAAGUCCAACACCGACUCAGGGGAAAAAGACGAUCUGAUAAGCAGCACACAAACAUCAACUAAGAAGUCAAAGAAGCAGAAGAAGAAGAAAAGGUGAUACUGUUUUGAUCUCUGGAGAGGUUCGUUGGUAUCGAUGCUAGUUGUAAAUUAAUUUAAAAGUAAACACCAUUGCUACUCUGACUGGUGAUUUUGGAUGAGUUUCUUACUGUUACCUUUUAUUUUCACCAUUUAUAGGGAAUUAUUUAUGAUAACCUAAACCUUUCAUUAAGUCAAGUACAAGAUUUUACAACACAAAUAAAAGUGUUAUAGAUAAUGUUAAAAAACGUAGGGAUUCUAUUAUGCCGAAUAUUUUACCAUGGUUUUGUUUUCUUGGUGAUAUUCAUUUUAAUAUUAAAAUGAUGUGAAUUAUUUGUACCUAAUGCAGCAUUCGGUACUUGAGAUUUAAUUUUCCUUUCAGUAAUUUUACUUUGUACUUUUUCAAAUAUUUAUGUAUCUUUGUAUUUGACUACUCACUCAAUAACAUGCGUGAUUAUCAAUUUUCACGGUUUCAGGAUACAGAGUAACAGAAAUAACACAAAUAUCAUCAUUUUCCAAGUUAUGUUAAAACCAUCAUUGCCAUAUUAAAUUACCAGAGACCAGAGGAAAUUCAAUUUGCUCCUAAAAACUUAUAAACUCUAAGAGAUAGUUUGUUCCUACAAAAACUCUAGAGAAGCUACAAAAUAAGGAACUAUUAUAAACAAUGUUUUAAAUAUUGUUUGUUUAGCUUAUCACAAUACUGUUUUAACUUGUGUAUCAUUCACUUAAUAGCUGUUUUAUUGAUAAUUUAUGACUCAAAAAGACAUUUCCUGCACUAACAUAUGUUUUAGUUGGAUUUGAUUGUGCAUAACUAGCUAAAAAUAUAACUAUGUUUUAAGUUUAACUCUUAAAAAAAACACAACUUUUAGGUGUGUGCAACAUUAUUUUUUUUUAAUAUAUUAGCCUUUUGAAAUAUUUCAUGAGAAUUUGGCAAAUCCUGACUUUCUGUAGAAAAAAACGAUUGUUAUUGUAAUCGAGACACAGAGAAUUUUAAUAAAAAAUUACUUUUCUUUGUUAUCACAUUGUCUGGUAGCUUUACUUAAUUAAGCCAUAUAAUUAAUCAUUUAUUAAAAUAAAAACAUGAUUUAUGGUUUUUGUUUGUUUUAUUGCUUGGAUUAACUUUGAAAUUCGUACAAUUUUUGUCAUCCCCAAAAUAUGCUUUUUUUUUACUUUGGACUAUUUUAAAUUUCAGUCCAAGUUUUAGGAAUAAAGUACUGAACACCAAAUGUACAUAAUAUUUUUAAUUUGUUUUUAUUGAAACUCGGUUUUUCUAAAACUAGAAGCAAUACUGUUAGAUAUUAACAAUAUAAGCCUUACAAAUUAAGAUUCAUGGUGCAUUUUUAGUUGCGUUAUGCUGGCUGGGAAAUGAUUUUUAGGUGGUUAUAUCGCUUAGUUCAGAAAAAUCAAAACUUGCUUUUUCUAAAAAUGCUUUAUUGUACUUUAAAUUAGUUCCGUUUGUUUUAAAUGGUAAAUGUAAAUAAAUAGAACCCCGAUCAAGCUUUAAAUUAGAUUUUUUCAUAUUUAUUUGAUCUUAUGUGGUUUCAAUGUAUUCCUACUCAUUAAGGGUUUUAAGGUUUAAAUUGUGUUUAUGCCAUGUAUAAUUUAGUUAGGAAAAUAUAUAUUUUUUCAAUCUCAUUUAUAAUUAUUUAUUUUAUUUAUUUUAAAUAUCGUCUCAGUGUUUAGUUUAGUGUUGUGGAUUGUAGGAGUUUGUUGUAGGUAUGAAUGUGAGAAAGUUAGCUCUCUUGUGUUACUGCACCAAAAAAAUCUAAAAACCAAAAAUAACGGUAAGCUUAUUUGUGUAGACGUAGGAUUGUAGGUAAAGAAUUUUAUUUAACAUGAAUUAUUGCCUUUUGCUAUACGGAAUGUAAUAUUUUAUGUGGUACUAAACAUUCAUUUUAUGUGUAAUCAUUUAUUCAAACUGAUAUCAAACGGGUACAAGGUAUAUUUUAUUUAUAUUUGUUUGGAUGUUAUGAAGAGUAUAACUUAAAUUAAGAUACAUUGUUACACUCGAUUUAUUACAUAGUUUUAAAAUAGUGUUUCUUAGUCUGUGUUACAAUUUCUACACUAAUUGCACAAAAGUGUGAAUUUACAAUGUUUACAUAAGUUUGUACACUUUUAUAAAUGAACAACACUCUUUCCUUUUUCUUACAGACUUUUCAACCUACAAAACUGCAAAAAGAACUUUUAUGUUUGAUACCAAAUUAUUUAUCUUAGCUUUGUGUGCCUUAUGUUGAAUAGAAAUCAUCCCUAAUGCUUGUCAGCAUUGACUUUAACAUUUUUAUGAACUUUUUUUAAACUGACAAUUUCAACGUGUCGUUCUGAAUUGGCUUUCACAAAAUUGCAAUCGAGUGACUAAUAAAUAAGGGUUACUGACCUAACCUAACCUAUGUGAAUUUCGCAAUUUUGUUUAUUGAGCAAAGUAGGUCUCGAGAAUAUGUACUAUAUUACAUUUAAAUCCCCUUGAGAGGUAAAGAAUAGAGUAAAUAAGUAUGUUGUUUCCUUUACUACUUCUAUCACUUUUUGUUUGAAAUAAUUUUCUUUGUGUUGUUUUGUACCAUAGACAAAAAGAAUUAAAUAUAGACCGUCAGCUGUGCUGUGGUUACCAUAGGUUCCGGCGCGCACCGCUUGGAGCGCCAUGUAUUUACAGCGUACGCGCUACAUAAACUACAGCGGUGUGCGCCGGAACCUAUGGUAACCAUGGUAACUGCAGCAGGCUGACAGUCUAUAUUUAAUUCUUUUUGUCUAUGUUUGUACCCACAAACCUGAUCUAUAUACUCUUGUGCAAUUAGGGUAGCACUUUCUCUUCUACUUUCUAUACAGGGUUGAAAUGAGUUCUUAACCUGAUGUGAGGAAGUAUGCCAUUCAAUAAUAUGCCAAUACAUUUUAUAACCUACAAAUGAUUUGUGUUAGCAAAAUGUCUUGUCUGUUAACUUUACCAAACUUGUCUUGGUCAAGUGGAUUGAAAUGAGUGUACAACUUGGUUUUAUCAAUUGUAUUUAUGUUUUAAUUUAUAUAGACAAUCCAGUUUUGGCCGUGAGAUAUGUAAAUAAGUUCAUAUUGAAAUGUGAUUGUGACUUAAAAUUUUAUUUUAAAAGCUACUUUUGAUUUGAUAGUGAUAUUUUUGUAAUGCAUGCCUUAUAAAACAGAGUUUUAUUUAAUGUUUUGGAAAACAUUUUACUUUUUAAAAGUUAUAUUUAAUCCUAAUCUAACUGCUUUAUUAAGAGUGAUUGUGGUUUGACUGCAAUUAAAUGUUGUAUUAGAUAAUAGUUGCGUUCUUGUAGUAAUGGACAACAUAGUUUGAAGUUUUUGCUAUAAAUUUUCAAGCGAUUCCCUAAUUGUGCAACACGUUUUUAAAUCAGUAGUAUCAGCAUAUCUUAACCAUAUUAAUGUAUUUUUCAUUAUGUUGCACAAUCAAGUAUGUUUCUUUUUCUAAGCCCAAAUUUAAUGUAUAAAGUCCUUUGUAGUUUUCUAAAAGGUUAUAAAAACAAGCCACAGAUGUAGUUUCUCAAAUAAUGUUGUCUGUUUGCCGUCUUUCUUUGUAUAUAUGUAUAGAAGUUUUAACUCAAUCAGAAAUGCUGUGAUAUAAUUUAAAAACUUAAUAAAAAAUAUAAAACAUGUAUAAUUUGUCAUAAAAAUGUUUUUAGUUUUAAGAUACAUUAUAUAGAUUGAUUAAACCAUAACAAACUACAGUUGGGAAUAUAUUUUGAUGCUAAUUUAUAUAUUAAUCUAUUGGACCUAGUUGAUAACAAUGUUUGUGCGUUGAUAUGCUCAUUAUAUUUAAAAUAUUGUUAAUAAUUAGCAUUACCACGAUUUUAACAGAUUAGUAUAAAAAAAAAUACAAUAUUCACUUAUGACUGUUUUAUCAGAUGAUUUCAAUUUGACGCUGGUAUAUUUUGGCAUAUUUUGUUAUUUUUGUUUCAAUAUGUGUUUUCUAUUGUGUAAUUCUCUUAGUUUUAACAAAUAGGUACUAAACAAAUGGUAAAAUUUCUGAGUGUCAAUUAGUUAUGUAACAAUCUAUAGUUGAAUUAAAUUAAUUUAUUGUAAAUGUUACAGCGAUUCAUGUAGUCUUCUAAAAAGACAACUACCACAAUUUUUUUUAAACAAAUUUUAAUAAGUAGCUGCACACAUUAAUAAGGUGAAACUGCUCUUUAGUGUCUGGUGCAUAUUCUCCUUUUCUCCAAGAUAAAAUCUCUCAAUAAUUAAAUGUAAUUAUAAAAAAAAGGUUUGAUUAUAUUCACGUAACUAUUAGUUGCUCUACUUUUCAGAUUGUUGUGACUUGUUUAAAAACUGAUUUCUUUUGGCAUUAAAAAUAUAAUAUUGUAUAUCAAAAGAAAAAUCAUAAAAUUGAAGACAAACAAAAUACAAACAAAUUAUCCCCUAGCUUUUUUUUAUAUCCAUUUAUUCUACAUAGUGAUUGUUGUCGAAGACCUCAUAUCAAAAGUGUAUAAGUUCAAAGAUUUUAUACGGAAAUAAAUGCAAAUUACAAGUGUGGCCUACUUUAAAUAUUUACACUAGAAGAUCUUUAUUAGGCUCCGUAGUAAAUGUGUUAAACAAUCUCAAAUAAUUUCUUUAGUCGCCAAUAUUAAAAGUUGUUAAUGCAUCUAUUAUAAAGAAAUUUGACGAGGUUGACAGUUUUAUAUAUUUUUUCAAUUAUUACUAAUCAAACUUGAUAGUUAUUCAGUGUAAUGUACCAAUAACUGCAGUGCUUUACUGCAAGGAAAUAUAACUAGCAAUAGUACAUUUUGACAAAACUACUUACCUCAGUACCUGUAUUAGCACCAGCUUGUAAAUUUGUAUUAGCUGUAAUUACUCUGAAAAAUGUUCAAACGAUAAAUAAAUUGGCUCAUUUUCUA